GACUAUAUUAUUUUAUCAAAUGGGUGACGAAAAUAGGCCAACAAAGUGAAUAAAGUUUGACCUUGUGAAUAGUGAACAUAAAGUUUAUUUGUGGACGGAGGGAGUAUGUGGUAGUAAUUGAAGGUAUCCGAUGAUGAUAUGCAAAGGAGAACAAAGAGCAGAACAGUUUCGAUUGGAGAAGGCGUAUCUUUUUCGAAUACUGGUCGGGGGGGUUAAGGAGUGGUUGGCGCUUCAAACAAUACUGUUUGGCCUUUCCGAAAAUCAUCGUGACGCUUCGAAGGAUUUGGUCCGUGGGACCCCAAUUUUGCCGAGUUUGAUUCCUUGGGAAUUACAACACUUUAGAACAGACAUGUUGGGCGCUAUAAAAGUCCUUAUUGAUAGUCCGCCUUCUUUGCCAAAUCCGGUCUCUAUAGUAAUUGAGCAAAACGCUGAAGCACAGGAUCACACAUCCAAGGAGAAAUCAAGCGUUGACUCACAAGUUGGAGAUGAAGUGGACAUCGGACCUAAAGCCAUAAACAAAAAUAACGGGAGGUCCAACGCUGUGGAAAAAAAUGAAAGUCCUCUUGCAGAUGUUGCCAAUGUCGACAAGCCAGAGCCUGCUUUUCAAGACUUUUAUACCUCAGCUGUUGUGGUCAUAGCAGAGUAUGAUAUUCCAAAAAGUGUUGACAAAGUGACAGAUGCAGAUGGUAAACAAGCACACUUACCUAUUUUGAUUGACACCAUCAAGUUGUUUGAUCUUGUAGAUGUGGUCAAGUCGGAGCACCUGGUUUCACUGAGAGCAACUACAUUUGUUAUGCGCAUCGUCUCAUCUUUCCAUCACUUUGCUGCAAGAGGCAAGAUGGUUGAAGAUUCAAAGGAUGGACUGCUCCUAUGGUUCAACAUUCUUUCUCCAGUCCUAAAGCACGAGUGGGAGCCUCCACCUUGAGGACAAGGUGGAUUUUUAAGGGGG